AAGCCCUCCUCCCCGGCCAAGGUAGAGGAAGUUGGGCUCCCGCCUGGAAGGGAGGCGGGAGGGAGUCCGGCUCCUGUUGUUUUCCGCGAGCGGGAGUGGGUGGCGGGCGCAGAGGGCGGAGUGCGCCCUCCCACCCCGGGCCGGGCGCUCCGGGGCCAGAACCGCGCCGGGAGCCCGGCGCAGCUCCCAGCCCCGGACUUCGGGCUCAGCCCAAGCAUCCUUCCUGGGGGCUGCGGAAAGCGGAGCUACUCGGUCGUUCCGAGGACUCGGGAGGAGCGCUCAGUACCCCGGGGGCCGGGGCCCUUGGGGCGGGGGCGCACGUCCACCCAGCCGGCGCCUGCGCUUCCUGAGGAGCCCCCGGCCGGCAUCGGGGGCGAGAUGGCCGCGGGCGUCCGGGCGUCCCGGCCGCAGGUCCUCGUCUGCCUCGGGGUGCUGCUGGCCCGCUGGGUCGCCGCAGGAUUAGAGGCUCCGGUCAUCGGAGAGGUUCACGAGAACGUUACUCUGCACUGUGGCAACAUCUCGGGACCAAGGGGCCUCGUGACCUGGUACCGGAAUGACUCGGAGCCUGUCUUCCUCCUGUCCUCCAAUUCCAGCUUCCGGCCGGCUGAGCCGCGCUUCUCUCUGGCCAAUGCCAGCUCGCUGCACAUCAAGGCACUGAGGCUGCAGGAUGAGGGGAACUACACCUGCCGGGAGGUCCUGAAUGAGACGCGGUGGUUCCGAGUGUGGCUGCGGGUGGCCCGCGGUCCCUAUGAGGUUGAGGUCAACAUCUCCAGCACCGGCACGCUCCCCAAUGGCACCCUCUAUGCAGCCAAAGGCUCCCAGGUGGACUUCAGCUGCAGCAGUCGCUCUUGGCCUCCACCAGUGGUUGAGUGGCAGUUCCGGGCCCCCGAUUCCAGCACUGAGCCCUUCGGAAACAACCUGACGGUCAGCAGCUUCAUUCUGCUGCUCAUGUCGCAAAACCUCCAAGGGAACUACACGUGUUUGGCCACGAACACGCUCAGUGGGAGACAGCGGGAGGUGACCACCGAGCUCCUGGUCUACUCACCCCCUCCGUCAGCCCCUCAGUGCCGGGCAGAGAUGUCACAAGGACAGCUCACGCUGCAGCUCACCUGUCGCUGGGACGGGGGGUACCCAGACCCGGACUUCCUGUGGACAGAAGAGCCAGGAGGUGUGGCCGUGGGGACGUCCAAGCUGGGGGUGGAGAUGCUGAACCAGUCCCAGCUGUCAGAUGGCAAGAAGUUCAAGUGUGUCGGGAGCCACAUAGUGGGACCGGAGUUGGGAGCCAGCUGUGUGGUACAGAUCAGGAGUGCCUCCCUUGUCUCUGAGCCCAUGAAGACUUGCUUCGUGGGGGGCAAUGUGACGCUCACCUGCCAAGUGUCUGGAGCCUACCCCCCUGCCAAGAUCCUGUGGCUGAGGAACCUCACCCAGCCCGAGGUGGUCAUCCAGCCCAAUGGCCACUAUCUCAUCACCCAGAAUGGCCAGAGCUCCACACUCACCAUCCGCAACUGCUCCCAGGUCCUGGAUGAGGGCUACUACGUCUGUCAGGCCAAGAACCCCGUGGGGGUGCGGGAGGUGGACAUCUGGCUGAGUGUGAAAGAACCUUGGAAUAUUGGUGGGAUUGUGGGCACCAUCGUGAGCCUCCUUCUGCUGGGACUGGCCAUUAUCUCAGGGCUUAUGUUGUAUUACAGCCCUGUGUUCUGCUGGAAAGUAGGAAACACUUUCAGGGGGCAAGACGUGGGUGAUGUCAUGGUUUUGGUGGAUUCAGAAGAAGAGGAAGUAGAGGAGGAAGAUGUGGCCGAAGAGGAGGAAGAAGAGGAGGAGGAAGCAGAUGAGAGGGAGGAGUCGCCAAAAGAAAUACAUAAGCAUGGCCACAUCCAUAGAGUGACCGCACUGGUGAAUGGGAAUGUAGACUGGAUGGGGAAUGGACUCCAGGCUCUGCAAGAUGACAGCAGCGAGGAGCAGAGUGACAUCGUUCAAGAAGAUAGGCCAGUUUGAAGAAGAGAACUGUCCUUCAUUAUCCUGUCUUGAAAGCUUUGACUUGACUCGCACCCCUGCCUGAGGACUUAAAAUGGUUUGGGACUCUCAGCAAAAAAGAAAAACACACACACGUAUAUUUCCUGCCCCCCUCCCUUUUUUUCCCUAAAUCGGUUGACUUGCUGUAAGUUUUCUCAUUGACGUUAAAAAGUAUCAGGAACGGGCAGUAUGGGGGGGGAAAGGUGCGUUCGGCAUCUGAGGUGCCCCUUUUCACUGUGACUUCUGGCUUUAUCCAGCUUGACUGAUGCUGAUCUGGGGGGAGGCACUUGAGCUCUGUGCUCAGGGCUCUCAGUGCACCAUGAAAGGUCAGUGAUCAGCUUGCCCCACACACAAGGGAAUAAUGUGGGGUCAUGGCCCAGGUAAGCUGGAGAUCCAGGUGGACGUCACCUCCCUGGAAAAGGUGAGGAGAUGUCAGUUGCCGAUGCUAGUCAGAGGGAGGCAGUUUGGCUCAGGUUUUGGAGGCUUGAAUCUGGGCCCUGUUUCUUGUUUCAUGGGCUUGGGCACGUUGCUUUACCUCUCCCCGGGACCUCAGUUUUCCUCAUCUACCAAAUAGGUGGAAUCAUACUGGCCGUACAGGGUACGGUGGGUCCUAAAUGAGGUACUUGUGGGUGUGAAAGUGCCCAGGAGGUGUUCAGUAGAUGUUGGUUAUCUUCUCUUUUGCCCUCCCUGGUGGAAGAAACAAGGUCAACUGUAAAUUACAAGCUGCCACCUUGGCCUCCCGUUCUUUGUUGAAUGGUUUCAGAUGAGAGCUCUCCUGAUGGUAUUUGCUUCCCCGGAGGUAUAGUUCUUUUCAAAAGAGGUAGGGGCCCAUAAGAGGAAGUGCCUUUCACUAGAACCUCUCAUUUUGCAGAGCUUCAUAUUUAUACAAAAGCCUCUUAGGUGACACCCUAUUGGUUUUCAGAAUUUCCCAUUCUUCCUUUCUCCUGUGGCUUUGAAAGAAGGCAGGAGAAAUGUUUUGCAGGGGAGUAUCUGGUGAGAAGUACUCCUUGGGCACACAAGUUCAUCUGGUCUCAGUUUCUAGAUCUUAGAAAUGGGAAUGAGAAAACUUGUUUCCUUCCCACUUCCUAAGGAAAUAGAUUACGAGGCUACGUUGAUCAAUAAUGCGAAGUUUGGACUGAAAAUAACAUAUGAUGAGUUUAAGCUGCUGUUUCCAGAUCCCUGGACAGUUCAGAGAUUUUUGUUUCUCUGAUUUCAUCCAAAUCUCUUAAACGUCAGGGACCUACUAAGGGUGCAAAAGAUGUGUGCUAAACCUGAAAAUCUGAUGACUUGAGUUUGCACUCUUUACUGUUCAUAUCCUGCCUAAUGGGCAAGAUGUGGGGUUCAUGGAGAACUUCCUUUCUCCAGCAAUAGGGACUGGGACUCCUGUGGGAUGAGAAGCUGGUUAUCUGCAGGAUUACCCUGGAGGUGUGGUUGGGACAGGUCUACUUUCUUGGAUGAAAAGACUGAACUGAGAAAAUCACUAGAAGUGAGCCCUGUUCCCAGCUCAGAGCCCUGGCAAUCACAGGAGCUGGCUGCAAUUUCUACCCCUCAGGAAUAGCUGUGACCUGCUAACAGUUCUUGUGUGCUGGGUCUUUUGCUGCAUUGUAUUUCAGUACUUAACCACUCUGGCCAGCCUGAGUUAGCAUUGUUUCAGCACAGGAGACUUGAGUUGAGUUGCCGCUAAAGUCACUGAACACUGAGCUUGUCUCCCUUUAGAAUCUUCUGUCAUUAAAUUCCUGAGGAGCCCACUCUGCAGAGGCAACCAUGUUUAAAAAGAGAAUAAGAAAAGAAACAGGAAAAAAAAAUCCUUAGGUAGGAACACAGAGAAUGAUUUGUAAGAUCACUGAGAUGCUUUCCAGAACUUCCCUCUUCUCUUGCACACACACUUGAUGAUCGAAAAUCUUCGGGGAGGGGUUGUUCCACUAUCAGUAGGGGGCUUCAAACACUAUAAAGCCUAGAUUAGCUGACCCAUGACUUCUGUCACUUAUAUCUGAGCCCUAGGUGCACAUUAAUAUAGCUGGGUCAAUUAAGAGCGCAGGUACUGGGGUUCUUCAAGCUUUAAGGAUUUUUACAGAAUUAGGGCUUGCUUUUAUUUUAAGUCGACCCCCACCCCCAAAAUUACAAGCAUGUUAACAGUGGGUUACAAAAUCUGUGUGGCAAAGUCCAAGUUGUUACAUUGCGCUGUUACACAAUCUUAACUGAAUGUAUUGUGAACUCCAAGAUCUCCUUAUCAGAAGCAGGAAGAUAAAUACUGAAGGGCUAUCACAACUGACAUUUCAGCAGGGGACACUGGGGAAGGGCUCUGGCAUUCCUGUGGCUUUGAUAUUAGUCCUAAUUCUCACAAGUACACGCAGGCCCUAUUACUGCAGAAAGCCCGUGAUGGAAAACUCCAGAACCCAUGCACCAACACCUGGAAAAUCAUUCCUGCCGGGUAAAGUCUAUCAUGAUGCAGUAAGUUCCGACUGGUAGUUCCCGCCAUGGGACUGACCAGGAACUGCUGCAAAGAAAAAUUAGCAGAUCCCUCUGCGUUAUUUACAUUUUAAUAUUUGGUGUGUGUGUUGGGGGGGGAAUGGGUAAGAGAAAUUUAUUCUGAGGUUAUAAUGUGGAUUUUUUAAAAAAGAUUAUGGAAUAAAGUUAUUUUUAAAUAAAUA